AUGUCAGAUUUAAUUUCAUAUUCAAUUAUGAGAUCACCUUCUUCAUCAUCAACUACAAACAAUUCAUCAAAUUCUUCAAGUACAUUAAAUACUCCAAAUUUAUCACACAAAAAUAUACUACCUUCAUUAAAUUUAUCACCAAAUUCAAAUCAACAAAUUCCUUCAAUAUCUCAAUUAACUUCAUAUUGUAAUGGUAUUAAUAGUGGUAAUGAUCAAUCUAAUUUAAAAUUACCACCAAUUAAUAUGGUAGGAACCACUAGCAACACAAAUUAUACUUCAAGACCAAUAAUGUAUCAUCAACCUUCAUUAUCUUCAAGUUCAAUAUCUUCAAUUACCCCUCAAUUUUCAAAUAAUCAAAUUUUACAACCAUCUUUACAACAACCAUUACAACAACAACAACAACAACAACAACAACUACAACAACAACCACAGGAAGAGACAAUUAGAGAUUGUCAUGGAUUAGGUUUAUUGAGCAGUGCAAUAAUACUAGAUCAACAACAACAAUUACAACAAUCACAACAACAAUUUUUUUACAACCAUCAAAAUCAAACAUAUUUACAAAAUCCUCAUUCAACAAAUAUAAGAUCAUCAUCAGUUCCAUCUUUAAUAUCUAGUUCAUCACCAUCAUCAUCUUCUUGUUCAUCAUCUUCACCAUCAACUCCAGAAUUUAUUCAUUCAUCACUUACUUAUAAAAAUAUAAAUAUAAAUAUAAAUACAACACCAAAAUCUUCACAAAUUUCGCAACAACCAAUAAUAAUAAAUAAUCCUACAUCUACAACCACUACCACUACCAAUUCCAACUCAUCAAGCUCAAAAUCAUCAUCAUCAUCACCAAAAAGAAGACAGAGAUUAGGACCAUCAUGUGAUUCAUGUCGUACAAGAAAAGUAAAAUGUAACGCAGAAAUUCAAAUUUUAUCAAUAUCAACAUUUGAAGAACUUAUAUCAGAAUUUAAUCUAAACAAGGAUCAAAUUGAAACCUUUCAAAACCAAAAAAAAUUAAAUUUAAGUGGUAAUUAUACAUUAUUACAAAAUUCAAAUGAAAAAUUUAUAAAAUUUAAAAAUUGUAAUAUGUGUAAUUGUAAAAAAAUAAAUUGUUCAUUUUCUAAUGGUUUUACAAAAGAAGAAAUUUUAAAUAAGAAAAAAAUUAAAAAGCAACAAUUACAAUUACAAUUAAAACAACAACAACAAAAACAAUCACAUUUACAAUCACAAUUGCAGGAGUCAAUUAAAUCUAAAAAGAUUAUGUGUUGA